AUGGUUGCCUCAGCUAAGCACGUCCCGAUCGUCAAAAAGCACAAGAAAUCAUGGUUCCGCCAUCAAUCCGACCGAUUCAAGUGCGUUCCCUCAGCAUGGAGAAAGCCAAAGGGUAUCGACAAUCGGGUGCGAAGACGGUUUAAGGGCCAAAUGGUCAUGCCAUCGAUUGGGUUCGGCUCCAACAAGAAGACCAGACACAUGAUGCCCUCGGGCCACAAGGCUUUUCUCGUUCACAACACCCGCGACGUCGAACUCCUCCUGAUGCACAACCGAACCUACGCCGCCGAGAUUGCGUCUGCUGUUUCAUCACGAAAAAGAAUCGAAAUCGUCGCCAAGGCAAAGGCGCUGGGUGUCAAGGUUACCAACCCCAAGGCGAAGAUCACCACUGAGUCAUGA